UCCACCACCGGACGUACCUGGAGCGCGAUUGACUUCUUGGACGGACGCGCCCUCCUCGACGGCGCCCCAGUCCCAGGCAAAGGCGGCAGCUCUCAUCUGCGCUAUUUUUCGGUAAGGGACCUCGCUGUGUGCGACCCCGUGCACGGCCGCUACAUCCUGCUGCCCGCCGUCCCCGGCGACCUGAAAGCGCUGGUCAGUGAACCGGACCUCCUCCAUCUGGAGACUUUCCUUGCUCCCGGCGAUGAUGAAGAGGACCCGUUAUCAUUCAGGGUCAUGUGCUUGCUGCAGUGCAGAAUGAAUCUGCUGCUGCUCGUCUUCUCCUCUUUGGAUUGGCAGUGGCAUUCUCUUGCAUUUGACCAAUGGAGUGCUCAAGCUACGUUUGCUCCACUUGAAGGCACCAAGGAUGGGCUCUCAGAUCGUCAGUUCGUCCACGGAUGCUUCUGUUGGCGUUUUCCCCUCCUGAACAAGUUGGUUCUGCUUGAUACACGUGCCAUGGAGUUCUCUGCUGUCAACCUACCACCUGAACAAGGAUGGAGCAGCAAUUUCGUCAUUGUUGAGGCAGCAGAAGGAAUGCUCGGAAUGCUCGCUGAAGUCUAUGACAGGGGUAACAUGUAUGAACCAUGUUGGCUGAGGUAUUCCAUUCUGAGAAAUAACCAAUGGCACUUGGAGAAGGUCAUCCCGUUGCCGGAAAUGCAUCAUGUUGUUCUGCUUGGUGUAGGCGGGGGAUACCUGCUCAUAGGAGCGAUGUACAUCACAUCUUCAGGAGAGGAGGUGAUGUUUGGGUUAUUUUCGGUGGACGUCAAGACGUUGCAGGUCGAGUUGUUCGCUGAGCUUAGCAAAAUCAUCUUAUCUGGUCGACUAUAUGCUGGUUUCCCACCAUCAUUAUGUGCACCAACUAUAUGAAGUGAUGCUGAUGCCGUGUGGAAGAAGAGCUGAUUCCUCUGAGAGCGCGUCCUGGCGUUGGAAGAGAAAGUGGGAUGUGUGGAUUAGAUGCAUUCGCUUGGUGAACGGUUGUCAGAGAGUGAAGCGCGGUUUGGAUGUAUUUGUUUGCUUGUUCAGUGCGGACGCCCUAUCGAGCGCUAUGAUGUGUGCCCGGUUACAAUGUUUGAAGCCUGUUACGAUCUCUGAACUUUUGUUUCGAAACAAUGGAUCUCUGAACUUCUUUCUGUUA